UGGCACGACUAGGCAGUUCCAUAGUAUCAUGGUGUUCAGAUGCUACACAUUUCAUAGCUGAUGGAUUUUUGCGGACAAGGAACAUGUUGGAAGCCAUUGCUCUUGGUAAACCAGUGGUGACACAUUUAUGGCUUGAUAGUUGUGGACAAGCUAGCUGUUUUAUUGAUGAGAAGAAUUACAUCCUGAGGGAUGCUAAAAAGGAAAAAGAAAUUGGCUUUAGCAUGCCAGUUUCAUUGGCUCGUGCAAGACAACAUCCACUUCUAAAAGAUCGAAGAGUCUUCAUUACCCCAAACACAAAACCUAGUAAAGAGUUGGUUACAAGCAUGGUUGAAGCAGUGCAAGGUCGGAUAGUUGAUAUAAUUCAGAAACCUGAAAUGAAGAAUGAAACAAUCCCAGAUGAUCUAUUAAUCCUUUCUUGCGAACAGGACUAUGCAGUAUGCACGCCAUUCCUUGAUAAAGGAGCAGCAAUUUACAGUUCAGAGCUUCUUCUUAAUGGGAUAAUUACGCAGAAACUAGAGUUUGAGAGGUCAGCAUGGCAAAAAAACCAUAGUAUUUUCUAUCGUUCUUGUUUUAUCCUUAUAGACAGGAAUAUAGGUAGAAAACCAUAUGAUUUUAUAUGCCUAUAUGCAUGA